UUUGCAAUAGCCGCGGGAGUCCGGACGCGCCUCUCGGAGCGCGCGUUUGAUUCCUCGCGCGCCCGGCACAUCAUCCGUCAUCUUUCUCGCUGCACGCGCGCGCGCUCGAAAUCUCGCGGCAUUAAGCGCUGCUCCGAGAGCUUGAUUAGAGCUCCGGGAUUUAUGCUGUUUGCCGAUACCCGGCGGGAAUUAUUGAUUGUUUCUUUUGGGCUAUUUACAUAGAGUGCCAGAGGAGGCCGCGGGUGAUCGAUUGGAUGAGGUAAUGCGAGGAGAGAUGCUCUUAUUUUGUUGCGCGGUCGUGACGGAAGAGUAAUUAUUAGAUCGAUCCUUUGCUGGGAUUCCCCGAUCUUAUUGUAGGUGCGAGGUGUUCUAUUUUCGAUUGAAUCUAAGCGGUCGCUCGAGUCACGCUCAUUUCAAGGUUAAGAUCGUAUUCUCUUUCUACGACUCAUUAUUCUAUAGAGAUGUACAUUCAAACACGCUUUCCAAAAGUCAAAUUCGAACGCCGCUCUCUGCAAAACACAAACAAACCCAAGCCUCUCUCCUCCAAACAACGAAGCAGCGAAGUUUGCUUCCCCAUGACGACGGCGCAAGCACAGGCCGGCGUAUGUUUAACGCUCGUCGCGGCAACGCGCCUUAGUCAGCCAAGCUCCGUCGACGUAACCAGACCUGUUUCCUCUCGUCUCCCCUUCACCAGGACUCCUUCCUUCUCGGCUGCCAUUUGACAAAAAUAUUCUCGGAUCGACCGUGCAGCAUGGAAAAUUAUCAGUAACCUGGAAGAAAAAAAACGGAAAUUUGGAAAAGCUGCUGUGAAGAAGAGGAAGCCAAGGAACUUCGCGUGUGACCAGAGAAGCCCCUCAAGAUGAAGACGAAGAAGUCGCAGCCCAAGAUGUCCGGACUGGUCGUCGCCGCCCUCAGGAACCUGAGGGACGCCCACGGAUCCACCGCCAAGGACAUCAUGAAGUACAUCAUGGCCGAGUACAACGCGUCCGAGGCUACCGUUCAACGUCAGCUGAGGACAGCUUUGAAGCGGGGCGUUGAGUACGGGAUCUUGAAAAAGACGACCGCCGGCUACAGCCUGAACACGGACGCCGAAGUCAUCGGGCCGCUCGACCUGGCGCAGAUGGACAGCUGUGGCAAGAGACGAAAACGCCACGGCUGCAGCAUGCGUCGCAAGCGCUCGGCCUGCGGCAUGAAGAAGAAGCGCAAGCGCGCGUCUUGCGCCCCGAGGCGCCGGCGCAAGAAGAACCCGUGCGGCAUGUGCGCGGCUCGCGGUCGCAAGGGUGACUGCAGCGCGACCCCUGUACAGCUGGUGCGCGAAGUUACGCCCAACCCCGAGGAGGAGGUGGCCUCGAACGAGGCCAAUCGAGAGACGGGCGAGAGACGCUCGCGCAGUCGCAGCACCAGCAGAGCUAAGCAGACCCGGAAUCGAUCCAGGAGCCAAAGCAUGGCCAAGAGCCAAUACUCCGGCAGCGAGAACGAGGACGACAGGCAGGAGGACGACAUGAUGUAGAGCGAACGGCUGAUUCGACGUUUUGUGAUCCGUGUUGUUUCAUUUUCGACUCUAGAUUUUUAGUGACAGUUUGCCAAAUAUUAUGUGUUGUUGUAGGAUCUAUUUUUAACUUUUGGACACGUAUACAUUUUUUUGACUAUGCUCAUUUAGAGGAUGAAUAAAUUCCCUGUGGCUUUCGUGCAUAA